AUGCUGCAACUUUGGAAUAGAAAGCAGGACAUUGCAACAAAUAUACCAUCGCUGAAAAUCUGGGUCAGUCAUUAUGAAGGGGGGAGCCUGAAAAAGAUUCCAAUGGAAGAAGAGAUGUCAAGCAUGGUUUUAACUGCAAAAGUAAAUGCCAUAGAAGAAUCUUCAGAUUCUAACCGCAGCAGUUAUUCAACUCUUGCAUGCAAUCGAUCGAUGUCUAACCAUAAUGUUUUGUGGACGAAAUUCAAAGGUGUCGUUCCACAGCACAAUGGACACUGGGGGGCUCAGAUUUACGCAAACCACCAGAGGGUAUGGCUUGGAACCUUUAAAUCAGAGAAGGAUGCAGCCAUGGCUUAUGAUAGUGCAGCCAUGAAGCUUCGGGGUGGAGACUUUCACCGAAACUUCCCUUGGACUAAUGACACGGUCCAAGAACCAAUAUUCCAAAGCCAAUUUAGCGAGGAAGCAAUCUUGAACAUGAUCAAGGACGGAUCAUAUCCAUCAAAAUUUGCUGAAUUUUUGAGGAAUCGAAGGCAUGAAAAGGAAAUAGGUCUCAAUUUAUCAACAGUGUGUGGUAAUCGAUGGUGUUCUUGCAGACUACUCUUUCAAAAGGAACUAACACCCAGUGAUGUAGGGAAGCUUAAUAGAUUCGUAGUUCCAAAGAAAUAUGCAGUCAAGUACUUCCCUGACAUUGAUGAAGGUACAGAAGAUGUGCAGCUAGGUUUCCAUGAUAGGCAGAUGAGGUUGUGGAAAUUUCGAUAUUGUUAUUGGAAGAGCAGCCAGAGCUAUGUAUUCACAAGAGGUUGGAAUCGAUUUGUUAAAGAACAGAAUUUGAAAGCAAAUGAUGUUGUUUCUUUCUACGAGUGUGAAGGCGGAGAAGGAGCAAACAGUCAGAUGUAUUGGAUAGUUGAAGUUGGUUACAAAGAUGCCACAAGCAGUGGUGGGAUGGUGGAGAUGGAGGUAGAUCUGCAUCUUAGAUUGGAACAAAAUGCUCAUUUUGGGCUGGCCAAGGACGAGAAAGAAGUGUUUGAUCAAGAUCAGAAGCCGGUGGGAUCCAGUCCAGCAGCCAAUCUGGAGAAGAAAGGGUUUAGGUUGUUCGGAUUUCACAUUAAUGUCUGA